AAAUGUGGGAGAAAUUUUCUGAUGCCGAUGGUUGGUGGGGUGGUCCAACCCUAACCUAGCCCCAGACCCAAGCCUGACCCCAACCAUCCCUGCUCCUCGUCGUCUUCUUCGACUGGACCAAGCCAUCUCAUUCCUCUUCCUUCUCAGCUCCCAUGGCUACUCUCCAACUCAGACCCAAACACAGGACCCUCCACAAUACCGCCCUCGUCAACCUCUUCUCCACCUUUUCAACCCGUCCGGAUCCCACCACUGCCGACAAGUCCCCGUCCUCCACCUCAUCCCAAUCCCAAUCAUCCUGUUUCUCUGAUGUCAAAGGCAGCCUCAAACAACAGCCGCAUCAAAGACCCACCUCCCCAUUUUCACCUAGGAACCCCACAAGCCCAUCAAAACCUUUCAACCCAUCUUUCUCUAAGCCUUCCCAAGUUGCUUCCCUCAAAGAAAUCCGCAAGAACGACUCCGAGUUCCGCCUUCGAUCCUCUGUGCCGACCCCCACUGGACCCAACUCAACCUCACCUCAUCUCUCAUCAUCAUCACAGCACAUCCCUUUUCAAGAGCUUUACAAACGGUAUGUGAUUGACAAGGCCCAUGAGAACGGCACCAAUACGGCAUCAGGACCUGGAAAAAUCGGCGGUAGUGGCAAGCCUACUUUCGAAGUAAUUCGCGAGCGUUUGCGGCAGCUACGAUCCUCGUCCGGGAUGGUACAGAAUGAGAGGAGGGGUGCGGACCCUGUGUCGUUAUCGGAUUUUAAGAAUAGCUUGAAAUUGAAGCCAUCGACGGAUUCAGGUCCAGUGAUUGGCGGGAGUGGUAUCCUGCCGGUUUCGGUGUUUGGGAAGGAGAUGGAGCGGAAGGAAACGGAGAGGGAGACACUGACAAUGAAGACGGAGUUUGCGAAGAUGUAUAACUUUGGGGAGUUAAGGGAGAGGCUGAGGCCGGAGGGAAAUAAGGAAGGGAAGGCGUUGUUUUCAUUCGCGGAGUUGAAAGAGAGGUUGGUGACACUGAGAGAGAUGGAGGAGAAGGAGACUGAGUCGAGGAUUGGCAGGGUCUCGUUUAAGAAUUUGAGGGAGAGCUUGUUGAUGUUGUGGUUGAGGUUGAGUUUGAGGGCGUCAGACAAUAUGAAGGCUGAGAAAAGCGCGAUGGCACAACUCAAAACCAUGUUCAAGCAUUGAUCUUCAGUGUUACACAAGAUGGUGACGAUCAAACCAAUAAUCUCUUUAAUUUAAUCUAUUAUGUCACAUGGUGUUUGUUGUGUUACUGCUCAAUUCUCCACUUUUAAGUUUAGAAUACAGUUGUGAAUUUUAUGGUUUUACUUGGAGUUAUACCAAUUACCAAUAUGUCAAUUCCUUGAUCAA